AUGGCGUCAAAUGCUAGAGGACAAGCUCCUACUCGAUCCAAUCACGAAGGUAGCCUCCACAAGCACCAAGAUCCAUUCACUAAAGAGAUCAUGAAAGCCAAAGUCCUAAAGAACUUCAAAGCUCCUGACAUGACCCCCUAUGACGGUAUGUCUGAUCUAAGCCAUCAUCUCAACAAUUUCAGAAAUCGGAUGUAUCUGACGGAUGCCUCAGAUGCAAUCCGUUGUAAAGCUUUCCCGACCACUUUGACCAUGACGGCAAUAAAGUGGUUCGACAGUUUGCCUCCAAGGUCAGUAACAAGCUUUGAUGACCUCGCCAAGAAAUUCUUAGCUAGAUUUUCCAUCCAGAAAGACAAAGCCAAGCAUGCUCCAAGCUUACUAGGAAUUAAGCAAGGAGAUCGGGAAAGCCUCCGCAGUUACAUGGAGAGAUUUAACAAGGCAUGUCUGGACAUGCAAAGUCUUCCAACAGAAGCCACUCCAUAUCUAAAAAGAGAAACCUCAAAGAAUGGAUUCUCCUACCCACCCCGGGACAAGGAUAAAGAGUCUAGGAAGAAAGAAGACCAACCCAUUGAGAAACCUAGAAAAUACCACAACUACACCCCUCUCUGGGUGUUCCUUGUGGAUGUCUACCGAGAGGUAUGCAACACUGAGAAGAUCCCACCGCCUCGCCCGAUUAAACACAAAAGAGGAGGAAGUCAAACAGAGUAUUACGAAUACCACCGAAUCUACAGACAUUCUACCAACGAGUGCUUCGACCUAAAGAAUGUCAUAGAAAAAUUGGCACGAGAAGGGCGACUAGAUCGGUUCUUAGCUAAUAAAGUGGAUGAACCGAGAAAGAGAAGAAGGCACGAAGAGGUCGGACGAGUUGAACGCCCACCUCACACCCCUGAGAGACAUGUUCAUAUGACAAAUGGACGAUUCGCGGGAGGAGGGAUCUCUAAAUCAUUUCGCAAAAGACACCUUAAAGAAGUAUAUCAUGUCGAAGAAGGGGAUAGGUCACCCAACCUCCCCACUAUUACCUUUACCCAAGAAGACGCAACAGGCAUCAUCCCGGGGCAUGAUGAUCCCAUGGUCAUUACCAUCAUACUUGCCAAUGCUAAUCUCCACCGAACGUUGGUAGAACAAGGAAGCUCUGCAGAUAUCUUAUUCAAACCCGCCAUCGACAAGCUCGCUCUACAAGAAAAAGAGCUCAGAGCGUAUCCAAACAGCUUGUUCGGACUCGGAAAUGCCCCAAUUCAAACCCUAGGAUACGUCUCACUGCAUACAACCUUUGGAAAGGGAACCCGAUCAAGGAUGCUAAACAUAGACUACAUCGUAGUCAACGUGAGCUCAUCAUAUAACGCCCUAAUAGGACGGACAACCCUGAACCAUCUUGCCACAAUAGUCUCCACUCCACAUCUGUGUAUGAAGUUUCCAACUUCAGAAGGGAUCGCCACAAUAAAAGGAGACUAG